GAGAUCAGAAGCAGUGGCUCGCAGUCGUCAGUCAAGGGGGCCAUUUAUUUGCUACUUGGAAGGGAGGUAACGGGAGCCAGUGCGAACGAAGCCUCCCCCCAUCACACAGAUACACUGUGGACCCCCUCAAACGAUCCCAUCCUCUGCAAAGACUCCGCCUGCCCCUACCGGUCUCUCUGCUUCCACCGGGCACAUGCUGAUGCCCCAGAGCGGGCUGCCCUGGUGGUGGUGGUGGUACUGCUGUGCCUGGUACCGCUGUGGAUUGUGCCUCCCAGCCCGCCAGAUGCUGCGCCACCAGGGUCUCCUCAAGUGCCGCUGCCGCAUGCUCUUCAAUGACCUGAAGGUUCUCCUCCUGCGGCGCCCCCCCCCAGCGCCCCUGCCCAUGCACGGCGAACCCCAGCCCCCCGGCGUGGCAGCCAACAACACCCUUCCGGCUCCGGGCGCCGGGGGGCGGGCAGGCUGGAGGGGGCCUCGAGAAGGCGUGGCCAGGGAGACCCCUCCCCUGCCACCUUCAGUGGAAGAUGACUGGGGUGGCCCAGCCGCAGAGCCACCUGCCUUGCUGCUCAGCAGUGCCUCUUCAGAUGACUUCUGUAAGGGGAAGGCUGAGGAUCGCUACUCACUGGGCAGCAGCCUGGACAGUGGCAUGAGAACCCCGCUCUGCCGCAUCUGCUUCCAGGGGCCGGAACAGGGGGAGCUGCUGAGCCCGUGCCGCUGCGACGGCUCGGUCAAGUGCACACACCAGCCUUGCCUCAUCAAGUGGAUCAGCGAGCGGGGCUGCUGGAGCUGCGAGCUGUGCUACUACAAGUACCACGUCAUCGCCAUCAGCACAAAGAACCCUCUGCAGUGGCAGGCCAUCUCUCUGACAGUCAUUGAGAAGGUUCAGAUCGCAGCUGCCAUCCUGGGUUCCCUCUUCCUCAUCGCCAGUAUCUCUUGGCUCAUCUGGUCGACCUUCAGCCCCUCAGCAAAAUGGCAGCGCCAAGACCUCCUCUUCCAGAUCUGCUACGGGAUGUAUGGAUUCAUGGAUGUGGUGUGCAUAGGCCUCAUCAUCCAUGAGGGACCCUCCGUGUACCGCAUCUUUAAACGGUGGCAGGCUGUCAACCAGCAGUGGAAAGUGCUGAACUAUGACAAGACGAAAGACCUGGAGGAUCAAAAGGCAGGAGGCAGGACCAACGCCCGGAUGUCCUCGGCCACCCAGGCCAACGCGCCCCCCUCCGGAGAGGAGGCUGCGGGCACCCCUGCCCCUGAGGAAGGCCCUGCCCGGGCGGCCGGCCACCCCUCAGGCCCUCUGUCCGAUCACCACUGUGCUUACACCAUCCUGCACAUCUUGAGUCACUUAAGACCUCAUGAACAGCGGACCCCCCAGGGCGGCAGCCGAGAGCUGGUCAUGAGGGUCACAACGGUGUGAGAGGAGAGACCUGGGAGGGAGCUGUGACCAC